CCACUGCAGUCUAUUGGAACUUUAUGAUUUGUGGUUAAGUGGAGUGUGUCUUGUUGCUGGUAGAGGUUUGCUGCUGCUAUCUUCUUGCAGUUGAACCCUUUUCAUUGAUUCUUGCUGUUUUACUUGCCGCCAUUUUUGUGUGUUACGUGUGGUGGUGUUUCUGCGGCUGUUGGAGUAGUGCACCUGCCGCCAUAUUUGUGGUCUGUGAGUGCUGUGCUACCUUGGUGGAUGAUUGCUCCUACUGUUUUCCUGCUGGUGAUUCUACAUAUAUAAGGGUGCUGUUUGCUGCUACACAUUGUGUCACUUGCUGCCAUACUUAUUGUGAGUGGUAUUCUGCUUAUGGUGUUAGUGUGGAUUUGCUGCUGCUGUCAUCCUACAGGAAUUGUUAAAAUACUUUCACUGGAGUUCAUUGUGUACUAUUGCUGCUGUUAAGUAAAGCUGUUCUUGCUGUUGCUGCUAUCCUCCUAUUGGUGCAUUAUUAUUAUUAAUAUUGAAGUUUUGCUUACUGGUUGUGAAUUAUCAACGUGCUCCUGUCUGCUGUUAAUGUAUUUUACGGGCUAUUUAGUGCACUUUUGAAUUUGUUUGCUACCAACCAUUUUUAAGAUGCCGCUUGCUAAAACUUACAAAUGUGGUGUUUGUCUGGAAGAUAUUGCCAAGAAUCGAGCCAGUGUCCUAUGCAAAAAUUGUUCACUGUGGAUACAUGUUAGCUGUACAGAUCUUCAAGAAAAAGCACUCACUUUAUUAAAAGACAGUAAGUCUUUAUCUUUUACUUGUUCCAAAUGUGACAAAAACCCAAAUUCUGGUAUGGAUAAAAUACGCGAAGAGGUUUGUGCCAUUAGCUCUAAACUUGAUUUAUUUAUUGAUAAAGUGGGCAAUGAUCAAAGAUCUAUUCAACAAUCUCUAAUGGAUACUGUCGCCGGCUUUCGAACAGAAAUGACAACUUGCUUUAAGGAUAUGAAGGCUGAAAUACUUAAUUGUAAUAAACUUAUUGGUUUUAUUGACACGUCGACUACUAAAAGAAUUAAUACUUUAGAGGAUGAAAAUAAUGUCUUAUACAAGAGACUCAAUCGUGCUGACGUCAUUAUUAUUGGUUUGCCAGCAGGUCUGGGUGACCUAGUGGAUCCUAUCAUUAAAAUAGGAUCUGUCUAUAAUAUCCCUAUCUCUCGCGUCGACAUUAAUCAUGCCUUUUACUUUAAGAAUCAAAAAGCUAUUUUAGUAAAAUUCAAUAAUGUUUUUUUGCGUGACCAGUUAAUGGCGGAGUAUUUCAAAACCAGAACCUUAAGAGUCUGCGAUGUUAUUGGAGGUGAAAUUGAAUCACGUAUAUAUUUAAAUGAUCACCAUUCCCCAGCUGCUGGCCGGUUAAAUAUUGUAUGUAAGAAGCUUCUCCGUAAGGGCAUAAUUAUUAAAUUUAAGAUGCUUAAUGGUGAUAAGUUACGUGCUAAGCUGACCAUGGCUGAUGGAAAGAACGUGGUUUGCGACUCCGUUGAAUGUGCUGCAUUACUUAAUGAAUAAAUUUUGGGAAAUAUUGCUUGAAUUUACCCUGGAAAGUUUUUAUAUGCUCUCAUGUUGUAAAAAUGACAAUUUUUUUUUUAGUACAGGAUAACGUCCUUGUUGUUCAGACUGAGACCUGCAUAUCUGAUGUGUAAUGGAGCAAUCCCAAUAUACUUACUUGAGUUAUAUGUACUUGUGUUUUAUUUUAUUUACCACAUAAAAAACGAUAGUAUCAAUACCUUUGCUUACCCAUUAAUUAUACAUUUAUACAUUGUUAAUUAUAUAGUUAAAAGCUAUUUUAUGACUCUUAUAAAUUGUAUAAAUAUUUUUAUUUUUUUACAUUUAUUAAAUAGUAUUAAUCAUUAAUUGCUUCUGAAAGGGACCUUAUGUGUAUUUGUUUAUAUUUUUAAUCUUACUGGCUGGGGAGCCUGAAUGAAUAAAUAUAUGUAACAAAUUAAUAAAUAUAUAUUAAGCAUAUAUCAACCUUUAUAAUAUUUUUAAGGCGUAUAUUUUACUAUGUAAUAUUGUUAUUUUGGCCAAAGUGGCUUUAUAUUACUGAAUAAAUAAAUAAAUAAAUAAAUAAAUAAAUAAUAUGUAAAAUA